AUGUUAAAAGACGCACAGCUGGGAAAAGGGAGGCCAUGGAGGCGGAGGCGGAGGCGGAGCCAGGCACGGGGCGGGCGAUGGAACGGUGGGGGCUGGGCAUGCAGAGCAGCCCGCGACCGCUGGGAGGACAGGAGCCAAGCUUCGCCCUCGUCCCUGGCAGCCGCACUUUCGUCUGGCCUGCCAGUGGAGCCGGAGAGCAGAUCGCGAGUCAGGUUCUGCAUAGCCUCUGGCGAGGGCUGCUCCUUGAACAGCGGGAGCACGGCCACCGUGACCGAGAACUCCACCUCCACCCCGGCGGCGAAACCCAAGCGGGCCAAGGCCGCCAAGAAGUCCACGGACCACCCCAAGUAUUCAGACAUGAUCGUGGCUGCCAUCCAGGCAGAGAAGAACCGCGCCGGCUCCUCGCGCCAGUCCAUCCAAAAGUACAUCAAGAGCCACUACAAGGUGGAUGAGAAUGCUGACUCCCAGAUCAAGUUGUCCGUCAAGCGACUAGUGACCACCGGUGUUCUCAAGCAAACCAAAGGGGUGGGAGCCUCGGGGUCCUUCAGGCUGGCCAAGGACGAUGAGCCCAAUAGGUCGGUGGCUUUCAAGAAGACCAAGAAGGAAGUCAAGAAAGUGGCCACUCCAAAGAAGGCAGCCAAGCCCAAGAAGGCUGCCUCCAAAGCCCCAAGCAAGAAAUCCAAAGCCACCCCGGUCAAGAAGGCCAAGAAGAAGCCGGCUGCCACGCCCAAGAAAGCCAAAAAGCCCAAGAUUGUCAAAGUCAAGCCAGUCAAGGCAUUCAAACCCAAGAAGGCCAAACCCGUGAAGCCCAAAGCCAAGUCGAGUGCCAAGAGGGCCAGCAAGAAGAAGUGACAGUGAAGGCUUUGCGUGGAGACACUCCUUCC